AUGUCGACUAAAAAAUUAUCUGAAAUUAUACCUUUAGAAAUUAAAGACACUGCAAAAAACUUGGGGCUCAUUGCAGCCAAACCGAUAAUUACAGUUAGAAGUGCUUUAAAAACCAUGGCAGAUAAUAAUAUCACUUCAUUACCAAUUUAUUCACAUGUUUCAGAAGAGAUUGUUAAUAUAGUUAACUUGGUGGACAUUUUAAAUUAUAUUAUCAAGGAAGCAGUCGCAGAUGAGAAAUUGCCAACUUCCAUCAACAGCGAGAGAAUUAUUAAUUUGGAUAAACCUAUUGAAAUCGUUAUGACCUUGGAUAGUGAUCGAGAAAGUUAUCGGAUAUUUAAAUCUGAUGCAAAUGAAGGGCUUCAUGAUACUUUAACAGCAUUUUCCAAAGGAGUUCAUCGCUCGUUGGUAAUUGAUUACACUGGUAAAAUAAAUCCAUACAUCCUGACACAAACGGAUAUUAUCAAAUAUGUUUAUAAACAUCCUGAGAGUGUACCAGACAUUGAUUUCAAUUUAUCCUUGAAAUCACUUGGCUUGUUUAGUGAAGAUAAAAAAGAGGAAGUUGUGGUUGGUUAUGUGAAUGAGACGGCUUUAAAUGUUUAUAGAAGAAUGGCUUUUAAGAAUUUAAUUGGAAUUCCAAUUCUUCUUCCAAAUUCAGAAAAUAUUUUGAAUCCAAAAACAGCAACAUAUGACACCAGUUUGAAAGAAGUAAUCGAAAUUAUUGUAGAAAAUCAUAUUCAUCGUAUUUGGAUAAUUGAUCAAGAUAAAAAAAUUUUAGGUGUUAUCACUAUAACUGAUUUAAUUAAAUUAUUUAUUUAA